AUGCGCAAGCAUACCCGCCGAGCCCUUCAAAAGGUGGAUGAAAACGUCGACACUUGUGAUCUACUUGGGGUCAUGUCCAAGGCAGAAGAAGAUUUGCUGAGAAGGUGCUUGGAAAUCUAUUGUCAGCAACAUCCAUCGGCGUCCUGUCAGGAUGUUGCAAGAAUGUCACGCUCAGAGCUUGAAGAGGCAACCAUCAGUGAAUGGAGACACAGAUCCGGAAUCCGGUCCAAGCUUCCGCGAGGGCCAAAACUUGCGGGAAGUUUCAUGCAGCUUUGUCAAGCCAUGGGCUUCACUCAGGAGAAAGUCCCGGCAGGGAUUUGGACUUACGCACUCAUUGCUGGAGCAACCCUACCAAACAUGGAGAGAAGGUGCUUGUUUUUAGAGAGGUGCUUCAAGAGCGGCGUUCUGCCUGAACAUGUGGCCAUGUUGGCUUCUGAUCCCGAAGCAGACUGCAGCACUUUGCAGUUAGAGGUCCAUGGUUGUGCAACGGAAGCUGACCUGGCGAAAAGAUUGCAAGAGCACCUUGCAAGCCGCUCCAACUCGUGCAUGGCAACCAAAUGGUUGGCAGCUUCCGUAGUGCGAACCGAGAACCCACGAGCGGGCUUCAUGGAGACUCUCAAGACGUGGCUCCAAGCAUCACCAGUCCCAGGCAGACUCUUAGUUGUCUCACAUCAGCCGUUUCUUCCGCGCUAUCAGAUCCAAGCGUCGCGCUUCUUGCAGGCCACCAACUUCCGCACUGAGCGUGUAGAAGUAAUUGGAGAGAAACUAAGAAAGGAUUUCCGAACUACAAAAAGCAGCAUUCUCCUUGACGCUGUUGCACACUGGGUGCAGAUUCAGCGGGAAAGUGCAUGA